AUGCAGACACCCUUUGAGAAGCGAGUCGCCGAAACGUACGACCGAGCUCUUCGACGUGGUGAACUGAGCUUCAUAGAGAGCACCGUGAUCAAGAUCGUGGAAAAAGACAUAGAGUUUGAAUUGCGACUCUCUCCAAGUUUAGCCAAGAAACCUGUGGGAGACUUGGACAAACCCGAGGAAGCUACCCCGAAACCCAAGAUUGACCCCUUUUUACCAUAUAAUCAAGAAUUAUUUGUGCAAGAGCGCGGAAAGCAUGUUAUUCUCCUAAAUAAGUUUUGCGUAAUCCCUCACCAUCUCUUGGUGGUUACCAAAGAAUAUGAGAAACAAACGGAACCGCUUAACCCGGAAGACCUGGAAGUUGUGUGGUAUUGCAUGAUGCAGAUAAAAAAUCAACUAUCCCUCGCAUUCUAUAAUUGUGGCGAGUUUUCGGGAGAAAUCUUUGAAUUUUCCGGAUUACCAUUUGUUCAUUAUGUAGCGCUUCUUGAUCCCAAAAAAUUAGGUGGUUCCAAACACGGUGAAUACCUGAAUGAAUUAUAUCGUUCCUUACUUGACGUUCUAAUCGAAGGCUUUCGCGACCAAUCAUCAUCGUCCGACGCCGUCUCACCAUCUUACAAUUUUGUGGUUACUCACACGUGGGUGAUGAUUGUGCCGCGACGUUGUGAAAAAUAUGAAUAUGUGUCGGUUAACUCGUUAGGAUUUGUUGGAAUGUUGCUCUUGAGAAGCAACGAGGAAUUAGAAUUUGCAAAAAAGGUUGGAUUGUUAAAAAUUUUGGAAAGUGUUGGGAUACCAAGGGAGCCGAGUGUGUAA